AUGUUCCGCAAGACCGCUCUUAUUACGACCAUUACUCUUGCUCUGCUGAGCUGCGCUACGCCCGUCGAACGUGACAGCGCCACGGGUACUUCAAUUCCGUUCGCGAAGCGCAGCGGCCUCACCACUGAGGAUGGGGUGUUCAACCACGCACUUGCCAUCCAGAGUACAAUCAAAACACACAAUAAACAUAGGCAGAAUUUGAUCAACCUGCAGCACAACGACCCUGCUAGCAUGAACGAGGGUUCCGAGAUCAGACCCUUGCGCACGUACAAUGCGACAGUGGGCCGCCACGAGAGGCGUCAGAAGGAACCGACCACCGAUGAGGAUUCAGAUCUCGAGUGGGCUGGGACCAUAUCUAUCGGUACACCAGCGCAGAAGUUCCUGAUUGACUUCGACACCGGUUCCUCCGACUUAUGGGUCCCGUCUUCAUCUUGCACGAGCUCCGUGUGCACGUCGAAAGACAGGUACACCGCUUCGUCGUCGAGCACAUCGGCGAUGAAGUCGGGUAACUUCACCAUCUACUACGGCGACGGGUCGACCGUGUCGGGUCCUAAAUACACAGACACUGUGUCUGUAGCGGGUAUAACAUCCAAGGCGCAGUAUUUCUCCCCAGUCACAACGCUCUCGAGCAGUUUCGCCGGCGAUCCCAUCGACGGUAUUCUUGGGAUGGCAUAUCAGAAGAUCUCGAACCUGGCGCAGCCCCCGUUCAUUAACCAAGCGAAGACUCAGGGCAGCAUCUCGAGCGCUUCGUUCGGCAUGAAGCUUGCUAGCUCGGGAUCGGAGCUUUACAUCGGCGGCACCGAUACAUCGCUGUAUAAGGGUGCCCCCGAAUUCCACGCGGUAACGGGGUCGGGUUACUGGCAGAUCUCCGGCGCGAAGACGAUGGUGAACAACAAGCCCGUCAACACUGGCAUCCAAACUAUUAUCGACAGUGGCACGACAAUCAUGUACGGCCCUCCGACCGCCGUGCAGGCGUUCUACAAGUCUAUUCCUGGUUCAUCCGUCUACGACUCGCAGAACGGAUAUUAUCAGUUCCCCUGUAACAGCCUGCCGACCGUGGCUUUCAGUUGGGGCGGCAAGAGUUGGACGGUCAGCACCGCGAACUUCAAUCUCGGAAAGGUCUCGAGCAAGUCAAGUUACUGCGUCGGUGCCCUUGCCGGCCAAAACCUCGGUCUGGGGAACAACGUUUGGCUCCUUGGCGACAGCUUCAUGAAGAACGUCUACACGGUGUUCUCCUUUGACCAAAAUGCCGUCGGCUUCGCCGCAUUGGCAUGA